CUUCCAUUCAUCCAAUCUGGCGUUUCGUGCAACUCUCCGCAAAAUGACACACUUCAACGUCGAGAUCGUGUCCGACACUGUAUGCCCAUGGUGCUACGUCGGCAAGAACCGCUUCGAAGUUGCCAUGCGCCAACACCUCUCCUCCAACCCAUCCGACACCUUCUCCACGACCUGGCUCCCCUUCUACCUCAACCCCGAUGCGCCCGCCAGCGUCGACAAGCAAGCCUACUACGAAUCCAAGUUUGGUGCGGCGCGCACCAAGAUGAUGCAGGGCCACCUCUCGAAGCUCGGAGCCGACGUUGGGAUCAACUUCGCGUAUGGCGGGAACACGGGCAACACACGAGACUCACAUCGAUUGAUACAGUUGGGCAAGACGAAAGGUCCGGAAAUGCAGACGAGAGUGGUGGAGCAGCUGUUCAAUUCAUAUUUUGAGGAGAAUGAGGAUAUCACAACGCAGGAGGUGUUGAUUCAGCGGGGAGUGAAGGCUGGGUUGGAAGAGAAGGAGGUGAGGGAGUGGAUGGAGAGUGGAAAGGGUGGACCGGAGGUGGAUAAAGAGGUCCAGGAUGCGAGGAGAAAGUUCAUAUCAGGCGUGCCGAAUUUCACGAUCAAUGGGAAGUAUGAGCUGCAGGGCGCGGAGGAGCCGGCGGCGUUCUUGCAGGUGUUCAAGGAGAUCAAGGGAGAUGGAGGUAGCAAUGAAGGCGUGGCAUCGGGAGGGAAUGCGUGCUGA